CUCGUCGUCGAUACACGCGCACACCAUGACGAGUAGCACGGUGGAGACGGCGGCGACAACGACAGACGACCGCGUGCAGCGGAUACGGUGGCGCACACCCUCAGCAUCAGCAUCAGCAGCAUCGUACCCUGCGCGCUCGCCGCUCGAGAGCAUCAAGGCGUACCUGCCCGCCGGCGGCGUCCCGACCUCCCUCCCGCCGUGGGCGCACGACCCAGCGACGGUUGCGGCGCUGUCCGCGUCCCUCGCGGUGCUGGGCACGCUGGGCGGCGUGCGCGUCUACCGCCGCUUCUUCAAGCGUAUCCGCAACGCCGACUCUCUGAGCACCGCCGUGCUGGACAAGAAGCCGUUCAUCAAGGGGGUCGUGACGCGCGUCGGCGACGGGGACAACUUCCGGCUGUACCACACCCCUGGGCCGUUCUGGCGAUACCCGCUCAAGCUGCGGCGUGUGCCGUCUUCGCCGAAGGAGCUCAAAGACAACACCCUGUCCAUCCGCAUCGCCGGCGUCGACGCGCCAGAAAACGCCCACUUCGGGAACCCGGCCCAGCCGUACGCGAAGGAAGCGCUCGACUGGCUCACCAAGGCGGUGCUGGGGAAGCGCAUGAAGUGCCAGUUGUUGCGCAAGGACCAGUACAACCGCAUUGUAGCCGUCCCCUACAUCGUCCGCCCGAUCCUCCCGAACAAGCCCCUGCCGCUCAUGAUGCUGAAAGAGGGCACGGCGGUGGUCUACACUUCCGGCGGGGCAGAGUACGGCCCAUGGGGGCUCGAGGGGCUGCAGAAGGCGGAAGACGACGCGAAGCGGAACCGUCGCGGACUGUGGGCGGCAAAGAAGGUCGAGCUGCCGAAAGACUACAAGAAGCGCGUAAAGGAAGGCGGCGACCUCGAGGAGGUGAGCCUGGGCCGCAAGCCUGGCUUCUGGGAACGUCUGGGCCGCUGGCUCGGCGGCAAGACGUAGCGGCGAG